GAAUCGUCUCUGAGUUGACUAAAAAACAAUUUCAGUGGGGAAAUGGCACAGGGAAAGCUGAAGGUAAAGACCUCGACACCGGGAGGAAAGAAGACCCAGGCCAAAGGGGGUAAAAAGGGCCUUCAAGUGCAGAGACGAAACAAUGCUCCCAUAAAACCAAAAAAAUCAAAGUUCGAGGAGGCUCACAAGCUCAAACAGAUGAUAACAAAAACAGUGAAUAGGGCAAUGGAGAAUGAACUUCGUGAUAAAGCUCUGGAGGGAAAAAAAUCACUGACUAAGAAGGAGAGUAAACCCCCGACGUCCCAAAAGUCCUGAUCGACUCUCACCCACAACGACCUUAACUCUACACCUGGAUAAUCUCGAUUGAUUCCGUGAAGACUGAAAAUCUACGAAUCGAUAAGAUAUAUUACUCCUCACCAAACAAAUCCGCAUUAAACAAUUGUUAGAUUGUUGAUCCA